ACGCAGACAGGCGGAUGACCUCGGACAGUUCCAUUGCGGAUUUUUACUUGAACCGUAAAAAGAAACCCGAAUUUCGUUCGAAUCGGGAUGAUCCAAGGUCCCGACUGCGAGGCGAAUCCGUCUCCAUCUCCGGAUGAUGGCAGAGGUUUCGAAGAGCUGGAAUAUGAAGAAGAAAUGCCUAGCAAGAAUGAAUGGAAACAGUUGGUUGAACUUUUUGAGCAUGAAACUCCGGAGGAAUUUCGUAUGGUUCUUGGAACCACACGUACCUUUUACUUGAGUUUGGAGGAUAAUACGACCACACCCACUGAGACUCAUGUCAACUCCUCAACCUUUCUUGGGGAACCCAUCUUACAAAUCUCGGAUCUUGCAGACAACUUGGAACCCCCUUGCACCCUGUAUGAGGGAACACUUUCUCUUCAAGCACGUUACCAGCAAAUGAAACAAUUUCUGGAUGUUUAUGCCUCCCCGCCAAGAUCGUUGCUUAUGACGGGAGCAACCAUUGCUUUGAUUAAACGAGAAGCCGAAGCCCCAGUCGACGACGUGCUGGAUCUAAUGCAAGAAAUGGUCGAUUUGACAGGACUAACCGUAGAAGAAGCUACGAUUGAUUCUGAAACUGACGUCAAGAUUAAAGAGACCGAGAUGAUUAGCCCUGCGGAAUCUCAGAUGAUUGCAACCGUGUCCUCUGUUCGUACUAGCAGCUCUGUGUUUUGUAGUGUACAUGACAGACGGAACCGAUCCACCGAUGAGAUCAACGUGCCUCUUGAAAUAAUCGAUCGACCGAAUGUCGCUGUGCUUAAUCUUUGGAUUCCAUGCCCAAUGGGCAUUUGCAAGGCUCCAACCACUUUUCAGCGAGCCAUGAACAUCACUUUUCAGAACUUUGUACGGAAGACACGGUUGGCGCAGAACAUCAUUAACUACUGCGUGAUCGUGUACACGGACGACAUUUUGGUGUAUUCAAGCUCCUAUAAGGGACACGUGCAACACAUCGAGUGGGUCUUGCAUGCGUUAAGAGAUGCCGGUUUCAAGGCGGCGUUGGAAAAAAAACCAGUUUUCCUCACUACAAUUUCCUUUUUGGGACACGUGGUGACGGACCAAGGGUUCAAGCCAGAACCUCAGAAGAUGGCAGCUGUCAGAGACGCCCCUGUACCCACGACUAUUAUGCAAGUUCGCGCCUUUUCGGGCCUGGCCUCGUACUAUCGAAGAUUCAUCAAGGGUUUCGUGGCGAUUGCGAGACCCCUCACGAACGUGCUGAAAAAGGAUCGACCGUUGAUUUGGACGCCGGAAUGUGAUCAGGCGUUUUCGAGACUCAAGGUAGCCCUUAUUUCGACACCGGUCCUUAUAAGGCUGGAUCUCGAAACACCUUUUGUCCUCAUCACGGACAGGCAACCGGAGGCGAUUUCUGCGAUCUUGGCCCAAGUGGGACCGAACGGACUCGAACACGUGGUGGAGUACGCAUCUAAGACGGUGCCAGCGUGCAAGUGCAAUUACGCCUCUCCAACUGGACAGUGCUAUGCAGCGUUGUGGGGAAUCAGCCACUUUCGAGCCUUUUUGUACGGACGUAAGUUCACGCUGGUGACUGAUCAUGAACCCCUGCUAGCUCUGAAGAAAUCAGAGGAUUACUUGGGCAUGAUUGGGCGAUGAGCGAAAGUGUUGCAGAGCAUGGAUUUUGACAUCCGUCACUGAAAGCACGAGAGACACGAGAAUGCUGACGUAUUAACACGACUGCAUCGGCCAGAGAAGGUUCCCAAGAAUGAAGAGGUGAUUCCGUG